AUGGCUUUGGAUGAGGAAGCUCUCCGGACAGCCGCCAAUGGCGGCUCGAUAGAAUUAGAGAGAUGGAAUGGCAUGGCUGCGCCUUUGAUUGAGCGACUGGAAUACAUCGUGUACAACAUGUUCCCCAUCCCUCGAAUGCGCCCAGAGCAGAUCGGCCAGCAGUCAUCUACCAACCAUACUUCUCAGCUGCAGGAAGCAAAUCGCAUUGCACCCGAAAGCAGUAAUAAGGAAAAUGCCCCGCCUGCAGGCCCGCCGGGUUCUCCCCCGUCAAGCGAGAGCGUGCCAGACUCGCAAACCCAACCCUCUGGUACAUCGACCGAUGAUCAGCUCCCGCCACCACUUGUCCUACUACUGAAAGCUAUCCGCUCGUCGAUCACUUCUUUUUUCGAGGAGAAGCCCCCGCAUACCAUCCAGAGACUCGCAGAGCUGGUCCUCGAGCCGACCCAGCACUAUAAAACAUUACCUGCAUAUCUCCGUGCUGUCGACCGUGUCGUCUCGGUGACAAGCUCGGCAGAUAUCUUCCCCUUCAACACGCCGUCUCAUGCCGACGAUCAAUCGAACGGAUUGGUGCACCCUAGCAAUAGCAGCGUAGUUUACCUGGCUCCAGACUAUGCUCAAGGCCUUGGGAGUGACGAAUCUCUCGGUGGUGCCCUCUUAACUCCUAUUCCCUGGUUGAAUGGCUCUUCGUUCGAAGGCGAAGAUACGAACAUAUUAGGCGAAGGCACCGAAGCCCCUCUACCCACACAGCCGACAGAGGAGCCUGAACCAGCGACUACUGUACCUACAGAAACUGAGGAUGUGGCAGCCACCGCCUCACCAGAGCCAUCUGACGAAGUCCCUCAUGCCCGUGGCCCAAUCGUGCUCGGAGUCGAGGAUAUGGGUCUGCAAGACGGGAAAGGCGUAGAAAUGAACCUCGGUCCAGAUGGCGCCGAUGAUGAAGCAACCGCAGCAGCAGCAGCUGAGGCUGUGGCCUCCAUCACAGAAGAACAGGAAAAGAAUGAAUCAACCGCCGAUAAGGACGGUGAUAUCGUUCUUUCAGAUACCAAACUGAAGGAAGCAGAAGAGGCUAAGACAGAAGCCACUUCUGCAGAGCCACAAGCGAGCGAGGCGGAAUCUAAACCCACUGGUAAUUCAUCUGAAGCGCCGGACGCCGAGAAGAAAGCAUAA